AUGAGCAGCGCUGCCAAACUUAGAAGAGAAGAGAAAAACAAGAACGUUGUCAACCAACUCCAAGACUUCGCCAAUGAUAGCAUUGUAUUCUUUAACAAAUGCGCCAAGCCAGAUAGAAAUGAGUACAUGAAGAUAUUGCAAGCUUGUGCUAUGGGUUUCAUCGUCAUUGGAUUCAUUGGAUAUAUCAUUAAGCUAGUGUUCAUCCCAAUCAACAAUAUCAUUCUCGGAGCUUGA